AUGGCGCUGCAGAGGAGGGGAAUCUUAACACAUCCAGUGACUUGUGCGCGAUGUGGAGCUCCGGAGUCAGCCGAUCACUUGUUCUUACACUGUAGGUUCGCGAGACAAGUUUGGGAUAAUAUCCCACUCACGAGAACUAUAGACAUCGGAACGAACUCCACUUUUGACCAAUGCCUGGCAGCCUCACAUGAUCUGGUAUGCCUCCCUCCGACGGGAGUGUCGGGCAACAUUUUCUCUUGGGUAUGCUGGUGCAUAUGGACAGAAAGGAACCUCCUGGUCUUCGAGGACAGAACACUAGACGCUAAGGACAUCAGCUGCACCUCCAUUAAACUUGCGCGAGAAUGGCAGGAGGCCCAAGCACACAAACCUCUCCCGGCACACAACUUAGGAGGCAACAACUCUCAUAUACGGGAGCUCACAUCGAUGACUGUUUCUACUCUGUUCACAGACGCGGCAUGGAAAGCCCAAGAUAGAACUGCAGGAUGCGGCUGGAUUAUACAUAAUCCACAAGAGAGAGAAACAACGAGUGGCACAUCGACUGAACUCUGUGUCGCAUCACCUUUGAUGGCGGAAGCCUUGGCUGUUCGCGAAGCCCUGCUGCACGCAAAGGCCCUCCAUCUCUCCAAUAUCUGCCUCAAAUCAGAUAACCAAGUGCUUGUCAAAGCACUAAACUCGAAGCAACAUCCGGUGGAACUCUACGGAAUCAACUUGGAUAUCGAGAACCUAUCCUCCUCGUUUUGUUCUAUUUCUUUUGUCUAUGUCUCUAGGAAUUUGAAUUCUGCUGCAGAUGCUUUAGCAAAGUCUGCCAUGUACUACUUGAACCCUUAG